AUGGCUAAGCAAUAUGGAACAUCAGUACGUAACAACAUGUCAAGCAAUUUUGAAUCAAGAACUAUUUGUUACUUUCUCAGUAUCUUUUCAAAUGACAAGCACAAACUCUCUUGUGAUAAAGAAUUAACUGUCGCUCAAAGAAAAUCACUUGAGAAUCAAUUCAUUGUAAAAAAGGCUAUUGCACUUUGUUAUGUAUUCAAAAAUCUCAAGAAUAUUGAAGGCAUCAGCAAGUUAAAUCGUAAAUUGAACAACUUGCAUCAAGAUGAUUUGAAUAAGGCCAAGGCUUUUAUUAAUGACACUCAAAAAGAAAUCCAUGACAAGAGGUUCAAUCCAGCAAAUACUAUUGCCUUUGGUGAUGCUAAAUUUGGUAGCUCUAUGAAAGGAAAACUUCCUGCUCCUACUAGACGGAUAACGGAUGCAAUUAAGAAAAUGUCUAAAGAAUUGAAAGGAAACACUUUUAUCUAUUAUAAACUUCAUGCUGUACUCAAGUGUAACUCUUGCAAUACGGUAUGGAAUCGUGACGUGAUGGCUGCUAAAAACAUGAACUACAUUUUUACAUACAUGUUACAACAUAAAAAUGAAAGACCUCCUGAUUUUCAAAAAUUUUCUUAA